GGCAACGUUAGCUGCAAGUGUCAAUGCACCAAGUGGCCGGGACUUGAUGGUGGACGCUACAACCGGACGGAUUGCAGCGAAAAACAGCUCCGUGAUUUUUGUUUUUUGUUUUUAGAUUUUAGUGACUUCUUCUUCUUCUUUCUUCCAUCUCGAGUGAUUUUUGAACAGUUUCUUUUUUCGGUUGGACAAUAUGUCGCAGCGUUUGUUCUAUCCGGGCGACGAGGCCGUUCUGCCGGGCGAAAGUGCGCAUUUCCUGCUGGCUGACGAACUGCCUUACUACAACAACAGUAGUACGCCAAAUUUGCCCAGUUGUGGAUACCAGCACCACGGAGACGAGAAUCUCUACCGGACUCCGUCGAUCGCCAUCCAUCAGCAGCCGUCCGGAUUCCCACCGCUGCCGCCGCCGCCACACGCCUCAGUUCCGAUUUCCGAUGGCGCAAAUCCCGGUGACGGCGGAGGUAAUUCACCCGGUGGCUACCCGACCGACGCGUCUGAUUUCACCCAGUUGACCAGCAUCGUUCGCCAUAAUUCAAUCAACGGGAUGUCGGCGGCCGGAUUCGACGAGCCAGUCGAGCCAGCCAAGUGUUCCAUCCAGCAGCAGCCACCCGUUCGACCGCUGUCCGACCACGAGACGUGGAAGCCACCUAGACCGGAGGUCGUCGUAGCCCUGGAAGCCCAGCACCAGACCAUCAAACAGGAAUCCGGACCGAAUAACCCGCAAAUUGGCCGGAAGAAAAAUGCCAAAAAAUCCGUGGCAAACGGCCAGAACGCUUCCAGGAGCAAACGCGGCAGCGACGCUGGUAGCCCCAACAAAAGUACAACGGCGACCAAUGCGGCGGCGGCGUCGACGGCGGCUCCGCCGGUCGAAGUCAUGAAGAAGAGACGGACGGCGGCCAACGCCCGAGAGCGUCGCCGCAUGAACAGCCUGAACGACGCCUUUGAGAAACUGCGCGAGGUUGUGCCGUCGCUGGGCAGCGACCGCAAACUCUCCAAAUUUGAGACACUCCAGAUGGCCCAGACCUACAUCAACGCCCUCCACGAACUGGUUAAACAUCACUGACCCCCACCGUUAUCUAUUUCCAAAUUGUUAUUGUUGUUAAUGAGAUGCAAAACACCGAUGGGGCUAUGUAUAAUGGAGAUGCGUCUAGAUAUAGUGACGGUGAUGGGGCCAAGGGUUACACAUUUGUUGUUUUUCUCUCGUUUUUAAAAAAAUGUCCAAUAAUCAACUCCGCCUUCUUGUUUCAAUUCCACCCAAUUCUCUCUAGUCAAAGAAUGUUAUUUAUAUGAUUGUGCUGCUAUUAUUACAGCUAUCGCUAAAUGUUGGAAAAAAAGAUAAACCUCCCAGAAAAUAUUCCAUCGUUAUUUGCUUUAAUUGAG